GCUGUGUCUAAAUCUUGAAAAUACACUCUUACUCACAAGUGGCGGGUUCGGCCACUGAUUAUGUCAGGAAGCGGUCUCAGGCGGAUAUACUGCAUUAGUUAAACUGCCCAUAGUCUCUGACAUCUUGUCCGAGUCUCUGUCAACACCCCGAUGCAUGAUCUUACUCUCGUCCAAUCAACGAUUAUGAUGAUCGGAUGAGAGUGGGAAACGGCAAUGUGAGGAUGAAGGUAAGGCCUUUGACAAUGUCAUCAACAAUCGUGCUCCUGCAUGGCGUCUGUAGGAUCACUCGAGUAUAAGAGCAGGCAUCCUCAGGCUCUUCCACCUAUACUCCAGCCCCCAGUUAUUUCGCAAUCUUCAUCCUCCUCUCUCUUCAACAUGGGCAACAAAUACGUCCUUGUCACCGGUGUCUCUGGUUUUCUAGGUGGUCAUAUAGCCUAUCAACUUCUAGAGAGCGGAAGAUGUGUUCGAGCUACGUCACGUUCAGGAAAGGUUGCACAAGUUAGAGAGGCAUACGCUCAAUACGGUGACAAGUACGAUGUUAUCGUCGUUGACGAUUUCGUGAACGGAGACUUCUCCGACGCCUUGAAAGAUGUUGAGGCCGUUGUUCAUGCAGCGGCCCCCAUGCCCUCCGGUUCAAUUGAAUCUGCUGAACAGGCAUUGGACGUUGCUAUCAAUGGUAGUUUGAAUAUCUUCAGGCAGGCCGAGCAGGCUGGUGUAAAGAAUUUUGCGUACGUUAGUAGCAUCAUAGCUAUAAAUAUGACAGGGCCUCCACCCUGGUCCGACCAAUCUUGGAACCCGGUAAAGAAAGAGGACGCGAUGAAAGCCACUGAAUUAUUCGUCAUUUAUGCUGCCGAGAAGACUUUCGCUGAACGUGCUGUUUGGGAUUUCGCCGAUAAGCACCCUCAUGUGGAAAUGAUGACGGUCAAUCCCGGUUUCCUAUAUGGUCCCUUCUCACCAGGUUACCGUAACGAUAAUGCCAGCGAAAUUGGGCUCAGCACGAACUCCUAUAUUUACGGCCUCAUACAUUCUGACGGACAUAUCGCACCAAACCCUUCAUUCGCCGAUGUCCGUGACGUUGCGAAGGCCAUUGUCAUUGGGUUAGGUGCUCCUCCCACCGCGAAGGUCGGCCGAAAGCGUAUCUUGAUCACUGGCGAAUGGUUCAGUGCCAAGGAUGCGGUCGAGUAUAUUGCUAGGGUCCGUCCCGAGCUGAAAGAUCGUUUGUCGAAGGAGGCAUUGACCGCUGGUCCUGCACCUCCGACGCCGAUCGACAACAAAAGGGCGACGGAGGCGCUGGGCAUUACUGAGUUCACGUCCUGGAAGGAUUCCGUUAUUGCAGCUGUGGAUGAUCUUUUGAAGCUGGAGCGCGAUUGGAAGGCGAAGGGUCUCAACCUAACGUGAACCCAUUCUAGUACAUGUCAUGAGUGAUAAGGGUAGCAUGUAAAUUUACAUCUGUUCCAUAGAUAUCUUGAUACUUGAAGAACAAGAAGUUCCGUGCAUAAAGCCUCCAGAUCGCG